AUGGAUGUAACAGGGCUGUUCGGCGGAUCUUUCCAUCACGAUGGCCCCUUCGAUGCAUGUACUCCACAAAGGAAUAAGGACAACAAGGUAGCACCCGUACUGGCGUUCCCAGCAGACGGUCCAAACAAUACUGUCGGCGGUGGCUCAAGCAAGAAGUCUACCCUGGAUGAGGUAUUUGGCAGGGAAACAGUAGACGAUGAUUCUGGGACGUGGAAGACGCUGCAAGAUAGAGCAUAUUUAUUUAAUAAGGCUAAUUCCAGCACCUCUACCCUGGAUGCGAUUAAACCAAACACAAAAAAUAUUACGCAAUUUGACUCCAAGAUGAAAACAGAGCUUGUCCAUGGGCCCACAACGAUGGGUCUAGGCUCUACAACGUUUCUGGAUGGGGCGCCAGCAUCAUCCGCAGCCAUAAAGCAAGAUGUUAUCAAGCAUGCACAAGAAUCUCGUAGGAAAAAUAGCGUAUCAAGAAAGAAAUCCCUUCCUUCAAGGAGGCACUUACAGGUGGGCAGCAAUAAUUUAAAACUGGUGAAAACACAUAGUGGACAUUUGGAGCAGAUGGAUGCGAAUGACAACGCCACUGCUGUUGCUACCACCGCUACUCGCGGAAGCGGCUACGACGAUGUCGUAAAAAAAGAAAAUACUGGGAACAAACUGCUUAGAAGAGUGAAAAGCCUGAAAACGGCUAGGAGAACCUAA